GAGCAACGCACUCUGCGUCCUCGCCUCACCAGGAAACUACUAAAGUUCCUGGGGAAGCAAAGCAGAAUUUCAUAAGAACAAAAUGGAUGGAGAGGAGAAAACCUAUGGUGGCUGUGAAGGCCCUGAUGCCAUGUAUGUCAAAUUGAUAUCGUCUGAUGGCCAUGAAUUUAUUGUAAAAAGAGAACAUGCAUUAACAUCAGGCACGAUAAAAGCCAUGUUGAGUGGCCCAGGUCAGUUUGCUGAGAACGAAACCAAUGAGGUCAAUUUUAGAGAGAUACCUUCACAUGUGCUAUCAAAAGUAUGCAUGUAUUUUACGUACAAGGUUCGCUACACUAACAGCUCCACCGAGAUUCCCGAAUUCCCAAUUGCACCUGAAAUUGCACUAGAACUGCUGAUGGCUGCGAACUUCCUAGAUUGUUAAAUAAAAUAAAUUAUAAUAAACUGUUAACUCUUUUCAGUAUUUAAUACCUGUAGUUCAGUUAGUAACUUUUUCAUAUAUAGCAUGUUGCCUGUAUGCAGUUGAACUAUGUAAAGUUCAUUGCAAAGCAGAUUAUCUUCUGUUUUUUUGCAUAGCAAUCAAAGUUGAAAUUUGUUUGCUACAUCAACAAAUUAAGGACAUUUUCACAAACUGAGAAAUAAACAAAUAUGCCAAUU